AUGUCUGACCAAGCCGAGUCGUCACGCACAGCGCACAACGACUACCCGCCCGCCAAGAAACUCAAGUUUUCACGCUCGCGCACGGCGUGUUUCCAGUGCCGACACCGCAAGUCGAAAUGCGGCGCGCAGCCACCAGAUCCAUGCCCGAACUGCAUCGAAGCCGAACUCCCAUGUACCUGGCCGACCGAGGAUGGACGUUCCUCCAAAGCUCGUCUACAGCGGUACAGGAACCAGCAGCUGGGCGUUAACAAGCCCCCCGAAUUGGCCGAGGGGUGGUUGGACCGCCUGCUGGCUGGCAGCGCUUUGGGGAAUGGCAUGAUGGAAGGCAUGACGCCAGCAAUGACGCUGACAGAGCUCCCAUUGAUGAGCCAGGCGCCAAUAUUGCCCACGAUCCCACAAGUUGGGAAUACGCCGGUCGAUCCUGCGCAGUUUGUGUGGGCGGUCAGUUCGCGCCUCCCAACUGUGGAAGAUGCGUCGCCACUCGAUGGAGCGUCUGGCCCGUCGCCAAGGCGCGAGCCAGAUCGUCUAGUCAAGGUAUCGUGGUGGCGGCCACAUGGGAAAACGGCCAUUGCGCCGGGAUUGAAGCGAUACACCCUCAAAGUACGGGUACACACACCACAGGAGAGUUGGGAGAAGGGCUCUCCUUCCGUGACGGUCAGCACUGGCACUGGGGAGGUGGCACAAGAGUUGAUCGGACCAGACGGCGCGCCGAGUGUCCCAAUCAUGCGGCACCUGCUCGAGGUGUUCGCGACGCACUUUGGGUGUCAAUUCCCCUUCGUGGACCGCGCCGACCUCGAAGCCAAGCUGGAAGCGCAUACCGCGUCCGUCUUCCUUCUUCUUUCCAUCGCGGCGAUCGCAGCGCGGUUUAGCUCUCACCCAGUCAUUGCGCGUCCCGACCUCCAGCCAUAUGAGUAUGGCAAUGUUUUCUACACCCGCGCAAAAGCUAUGCUGGGGAGCAUGUUGGGGAUCCCGUCGCGUGAGGCAGUCGCAGCAUUCGUGUUGCUCGCCCAUAUGGGCUUCGCGGCCGACUCGGAGAGCGAGGUGUGGAUGAUGACUGGCCUGGCGGUCCGCAUGGCGAUUGACGCCGGCCUCCAUGUCAACCCGCCUCCCGACUCGGCGAUGAGUGCCGAGGACCGCCGGCUCAACCGACUCGUAUUCACCAGCGUGCUACUCAUGGACUAUGCCCUUGCAUUCGGGGUAGGACGACAGACGACCUUCCGGCCCGAGGAUAUCUCGCAGACCCUUCCUACAGCGGAAGAUCUCAGUCCGAGUGGCGAGAACGGACCGCGCUCGCCAUUCCCCUUCGCAGCGCGCAUGAUGCUCUCGUACGGACCCCUCAUUAACAGUCUCAACCGCGUGCGCGGCGGAGAUAGAGAUUACUUCGCCGCCCGGGCUGCGUGUAUUAGCGAAUACUCGGCCCUCCCACCCGACAUGCAAUGGAACGUGGCAAAUCUCCAGCGCCAUGCCCGCGCAUACCAGGGCAGUAUCUUCCUCCACCUCCAUCUGUGGAUGCACACCAUCCUCGCAUCAGAGUUCUUGACCGGCACGAAAGGCUCGUCGAGUCUAUGGCGUAACUCUGUCCGUACGAUUGGCGACAUAUUGGUCUUGUCGGACAUUAUCGACCCACACGCCUACUUUGCUCUCCCAUUUACCAACCAGGCAUGGUUCGUGGCGGGAUGCUGCUACGUCAAGGAGAUUGAGAUGUCGGCGUCCCGUGCUCAUUCUCCUGCUUCUCCCGACCAUCCGGGGGUAGAAGAAGGCUCGGAAUCGGGAAGCGAAUCACCUCCGCCAAUGGACAUGUCGCGCGCCCUCCUCGCCUCGGUCGCCACUACCAAUAUCAACACUCUCAAGGGAGGACUGCAGAAACUCGCUCGGUACUGGUACGGCGCCGAGUGGAUCGCGGGGACCCUCCAGCAGCGCAUUGAGGGGAUGCACGAUGUCGAUCUCGGGGUCGUGAGAGAGAAUUUUGCCAGUUACGUCUCUAUGCCCGAUGCGGGGGCUGCGAUUGGCGAGGGCCAAAGUAAUCAAGUGGACAUCGGACUCGACUUUCUCGCUCUCCCAUUUGAUCUCGCGGAGGGUGGGGCGACGGAGACGGAUGUGCCGAUCCCGUUGUUCCCUUAUGCCUUGAGCUAG